GGCAGCGGCGGGGCCGCGCAGCCCCGGGCGGGUGCGCGCGUGGUGUCCGCCGCGCGCUAUGGCGGCCAAUGAAGACCAGGAGGUGAGAUGGAACUGGAGGCGCUGCGCUCGAUCUACGAAGGAGACGGCUGCUUCAGGGAGCUCAGCCCGGUGUCCUUCCAGUACAGGAUAGGUGAAAACGGAGAUCCCAAAGCCUUUCUAAUAGAAGUUUCUUGGCCAGAAACAUAUCCACAAACAGCACCAGUCAUAUCAAUGGAUGCUUUCUUCAACAACACAAUAUCUUCAGCUAUUAAACGAAGUAUAUUGGAUAAAUUAAUGGUAGAAGUUGAAGCCAAUCUUGGAACUGCUAUGACGUACACACUUUUUGAAUAUGCCAAAGAUAAUAAAGAGUUAUUCAUGGAAAAUCAGCCAGUUAACACUGUGACUUCAGUAAGCAAUAGUAUUUCUAUUGGAACUCCUGAUGCACCAGCAAAUAAGAAAAAAGACAAAAAGGAACAGUUAUCCAAAACCCAGAAAAGAAAGCUAGCCGACAAAACAGAUCACAAAGGAGAGCUUCCUCGAGGAUGGAACUGGGUGGACGUCAUUAAGCAUUUAAGCAAAACUGGUUCUAAAGAUGAUGAAUAAAGGACUUUGGUACAUGGAAACUCAACCUCUUAACACAGUGCAAUUUUGGGUCGCCGUCUUUCUCUUAAUAGCCUUCUUAUUUGUUGAAGUAAACAUUUUAUAAAGCUCAAUUUCCUAACUCGUAAACCUAGACACACAAGUUUGUCUUGAGACUACGUGGUCUUCUUCGAAAACUAAACUUGCCUUAAAUGGAGGUAAAAAUGUGAAAAAAGGAUACAGAGGGUGAAUGUGGUAAAGUGAAUAGUGCUAUAUGCAGUGUUUAUUAAUUUAUAUCUUACUCUGUAGUAAAAUCCUUUUGUAGUGAACCCAACGAUACUGUAAACAUUUCCUGAUGUUGCUAUUCCAAUGGAAGAAAAAAGCACUAUAACAGUGAUCAGUCACUUGACAGCAUAAUUCAUCAAAAUAAAUUAUUCCGUGGAAACAAAACUUUUGUCAUUCGUUUAUCUAAUACAAAUGUAGAAGAAGAGCAUAAAAAUUGUUGCAUCCCGAGGCAGAACUUGUUCUCUUUCCACUCGUUUUUGGCUGAAAUAGCAAAUACUAGUGAAAGCAAGGACAAGUACUGUAGUUACUCAAAGAAAUGAGUGGUUCCAACAAGUCUGCCUUCUUUAUUCUCUGAAGUAUGCAUCUGUUAGUCUUUCUCCAGUGUGCAUCUCUACAGAAGGUCGUGUGUUUGAGGGGAAAGAAGAGUGCUAUCUAGCAUGUCUCUCAUUGACUGUUAGAUUUUGCAGCUCUUUUAUGGGAGAAAUGAGCAUUCUUCGAAGGGUUUUGCUGGCUGAAUGGUGGAACAGCACGACAAGUCAGCACUGCCAAAUGUGUUGGGGAAACUUCUUCUCUAGCGUGCUCUCAUUAUUGUCAGAAAGAGAAGUCAUCUUUACCAUACGAAUGAUUAUUGAAUACAAGAUGCCUUAAUAUCCUUCAUUAUUUUUGUGUGUUUUGAGAUGAACCUUAAUAAAUACCUAUUUAUCUGCUGUCA